UUGCCGCGGACGCGCCGGCUGCUGCGCUUCGGUGCGGGGCGCGCGGGCGCGGAGCGGGCCUGGGCCGGGAGCCGGAGCCGGAGCCGGCGCGCCUGGCCGCGGAGCUGCUGCGGCGGUGGCCCCGGGGUGCUUCCCUCCCGCGAGCACGGCGGCCGGCGCCGGACGGCUUCUGCGUUCAGCCGGGCCGGGGAGGCUCCGGCCAGACACUUUAAUUCCAUCCUGCCAGAAAGGGGCGAGUCCCAUCUUGAGCUUUCCGCGCAGCCUGGCUCGCUCCUCCGUGCGCCUCGGCUUCUGCCCGGCCUCCGGGAGAUGAGUCCUGGGUCUGCCCUGCGUGCUCCGGCGGCGUCGGUUCCGAGCGGCGGCCCAAAGUAGUGACACUUGCUGGGAGCCACUGCUGGAAAAGUGAGCCGAGGCGGCGCGAGCUCGGCUCUCCUUGCGCCCGGGCGCCGGCUGCCUCUUGCUCUGCCUUCCCCUCGGCUCCCCGGCGGCCGCAGCAUGAAGUGGCGCAGCGAUGGCCAGGAGAGGUAAGAAGCCGGUGGUGAGGACGCUGGAGGAUCUGACGCUGGACUCGGGUUAUGGUGGCGCGGCGGACUCGGUGCGCUCCUCCAACUUGUCCCUGUGUUGUUCCGACUCGCACCCGUAUGGCGGGAGCUGCUGGCCGCCUCUAGCUGACUCCAUGCACAGCCGGCACAACAGCUUUGACACCGUCAACACUGCCCUGGUGGAGGACUCCGAGGGGCUGGACUGCGCCGGCCAGCACUGCUCGCGGCUGCUGCCGGACCUCGACGAGGUCCCCUGGACCCUCCAGGAGCUGGAGGUGCUGCUGCUGCGCUCGCGGGACCCCCGGGCAGGCCCGGCGGCCCCCGGCGGCCUGCCCAAAGACGCGCUGGCCAAGCUGUCCAUGCUGGUGAGUCGGGCGCUGGUGCGCAUCGCCAAAGAGGCGCAGCGCCUGAGCCUGCGCUUCGCUAAGUGCACCAAGUACGAGAUCCAGAGCGCCAUGGAGAUCGUGCUGUCCUGGGGCCUGGCGGCUCACUGCACGGCGGCCGCGCUGGCCGCGCUGUCCCUCUACAACAUGAGCAGCGCCGGCGGCGACCGCCUGGGCCGUGGCAAGUCGGCGCGCUGCGGCCUCACCUUCUCCGUGGGCCGCGUGUACCGCUGGAUGGUGGACAGCCGCGUGGCGCUGCGCAUCCACGAGCACGCCGCCAUCUACCUGACUGCCUGCAUGGAGAGCCUCUUCCGGGACAUCUACUCGCGGGUGGUGGCCUCCGGGCUGCCCCGGAGCUGCAGCGGCUCCGGCCCCGGCUCCAGCUCCGGCGCAGGCCCGGGCUCCGGCCCCGGCGCGGCCCCUGCAGCGGAUAAGGAGCGGGAGGUGCCCGGAGGGGGAGCGGCGAGCGGUGGCGCCUGCAGCGCAGCCAGCAGCGCCAGCGGGGGCAGCAGCUGUUGCGCCCCGCCGGCCGCCGCUACGGCCCCGGCAGCCCCGCCGGCCGCUGCUGCUGCGGCUGCUGCUGCGGCUGCGGCCGCGGCCGCCAACCACCACCUUCACCACCACCACGCGCUCCACGAGGCGCCCAAGUUCACCGUGGAGACGCUGGAGCACACGGUCAACAACGACUCCGAGAUCUGGGGGCUCCUGCAGCCCUACCAGCACCUCAUCUGCGGGAAGAACGCCAGCG